AUGGGAGCGACUCGACGCUACAGCUACGCGCAACAACUCAAGCCGUCCAACAUCCAACAUCCAGCUUACGCAUAUCGAUCCGAGUCGUCAGACGUCCAGCGUUCGACCAUAUCGCGCUGCCGAAAAGAAACGUUUGCUGUUCUCGCGGGGCCGAUGCUACCUUCGUUGCCGCCUUCCCAUGACCUCAAAACGUUGCCAGACCAUCGUGUCUUUGAAUGUUGCUUUACCCCACUGCUGAUGAUGCUGGUAGUCCUGCUGGCAUAG